UGCCGUCUUAACUGACUAGACGUAUUCACUCACAUAACGCCGAUGACAGAUCAACAGAUAGUUGAUAGUUUUGUUGAUUUGCUUAUAGAUCCAUUUUCUGACACGCCCCCGCGUGACUUCCUUUAACUGUGUCUCGUGACACAGCUACGUUAGUGUUAGCGUGUGGACGGUCCUGCACUCUGUAUGUCAUUAUAUAAAUAUAUUUCUUACUUAAACAAAACUAUAGGUAUAAUUAAAGAUGUUGUCUCGUCUGCUGAAAGAACACCAGGCCAAACAAAAUGAGCGGAAAGACCUGCAGGAGAGACGGAGACGUGAAGCAAUUACUGCAGCCACCUGUCUGACUGAAGCUCUGGUCGAUCACCUCAACGUCGGUGUUGCUCAGGCAUAUGUUAACCAGCGUAAGCUUGACCACGAAGUGAAGACUCUCCAAGUGCAGGCGGGUCAGUUCUCCAAACAAACUGCACAGUGGAUCAGUAUGGUGGAAGGAUUUAAUCAAGCUCUUAAGGAGAUUGGUGAUGUGGAGAACUGGGCCCGUAGCAUUGAGAUGGACAUGAGAACCAUUGCCACAGCCCUGGAGUACGUACACAAAGGCCAGCUUCAUUCUGCAUCGUCGUAAACAUCACAUGCAGACAAACGUGAUGAUUAAAGCUGAUUGUAAAAGGAGGAGAAUCAAAGACAGAAUUCCAUCUGAUUCCCAUUAGAAAAGUCUGACUCUGUAGAGCCUCUGUAAGGGACUGUCACGGAACUCUUUUUGCCAGGGCUACAACCUUUUUAUUUUUGAGAUAUUUUUCAAAAAAGUAUUAUGUAAAAUAGCCUUUUAAAAUACUUGAUUCAUGAUCUAUGCAUAUGCGUAUGUUUAUUUAUUUAUGGUUUGUGUACAUUAAUAACUGCCUGCAGUUUUCUGUUAGUCGUCUUUUUACAUUUGUCAUUUGAAUAAUUUUUUUUGCAACAACAAAUAAACCGCUGCUUAAUAAAUCAAA